ACCAUGAGCCGCCCGGCCACAGGGAGCAGGUACCUCCACCUGCUGGCCAGUGUCGUAACUACAGCCAGGCGGAGCGACCGACACAUCCUUCAUUACCCGACCAGUCCAGAUUGAAGGAGGACAGAGAGGGGAACAGAUGUGAAACCGGACUACGGAAAGAGAAUAAGCUGUAGUAAAAGACAGAGAACACUGAUCCUGCUAAUAUGUGGCAACCCGCGUCGGAGCGAUUGCAGCACUUCCAGACCAUGCUGAAGACCAAGUUAAAUGUGCUGACGCUGAGGAAGGAGCCGUUGCCCACGGUGAUCUUUCAUGAGCCUGAGGCCAUCGAACUGUGCUCCACCACACCGCUUACAAAGAGCCGGACCCAUGCUGGAUACAAGGUGGCCUACCUGGGUAAGGUGACCAUAUCUGGGACCCAGUUCCUGUCUGGCUGCACAGAGUCGGCGGUGGUGGGUCUGGUGGAGCGUCGUGCCCUCGCCCAACAACAAGGCACCUUACCUGCAGGCAACUCUCUGCUGGAGAUUCGGCCCUUCCAGGUGCGUCUUCACCACUUGGACGAGCAUGGUGAGGCCUCAGUAACCAUGGACACCUACCAGGUGGCGCGGAUUGCCUACUGCACAGCCGACCACAGCAUCAGACCCAACGUAUUUGCUUGGAUCUACCGAGAGAUCAACGACGACUUGUCCUUCCAGAUGGACUGCCAUGCGGUGGAGUGCGAGAACAAGCUGGAGGCGAAGAAGCUGGCGCACUCAAUGAUGGAGGCUUUCCGCAAGACUUUCCACAGCAUGCGCAGCGAUGGUCGCAUCCACAAGAGUGGCUCAUCGGAUGACUUUGCUGAGGACUCAUCCACCCCUGAAGACUCGACCCCAGAUGACGGUUGAACUGAAACCCACCUAAACUCCUGAUCCCCGUCCUAACAAAGCGAGGGGUGACUGGAAGGAUGGACAGAUUACCUGCUCUCUCUCAUUCUCCCCUACUAUCACUUUCUGUUAUCAAUUUGAAACAAAAGUAACUGACCCUGUGAACCAACACGCCCAGGAUAAUGAAGUAGCUUUUAAAUACUGUAAAGGGAAGGUAGAUGAAAAAGGAGUUACAACACAUCUACAUUUACAAACAGGAAAAGCAAAGUGCUACCACAUUGAAUAAAUGGUCCUCAAAGACCCACAGGGGCCUUCCAAGCACCUCUGUAAACGCCCUCAAGAGAUUGACUCAUCAUUUCCAUUUCCAUUUUCAACCACUGUCACUCCUGCGCCCAGCAGAGACACUGUUUGUGGUUCUUAAGCUUUUUCAUCUAGGAAACAGCAAACCGUAGUCCCUGUUCUUCUGACCCCAGCUCAUGACAACCUAUUGCUACUCUUGCCAUGUAGGGACCCAGCAGAAAUAGCUGGGUCCCGACUCAGAGUUUAUGAGACUGUUGGAGCACAUAAAUUCUUUAAAUGUUUAAUAAUGUGGAUCUCUGUUUCAAUGCCUUCGACCUCGGUAAUAGCAAAUGAGGAUGUGAAAGAAAAGAUAAGCCUUUAAGCACUAUUCAUAUCAUCACUACGGUACCUUAGUCCAACCCCAAAUUUUUUUUGCUGGCAUGGCUGUUACUCAUGUGGAUGACGGAGCCAGAGCUUCUACUGCUCUCUCUCUGUUCAAUAUGUGAGUAUGUGUAAGGCACCUGGGAGAAUAAAGGUGCUACGUAGAUGUUACAUUUUAAAAGUUCUCACUGGGCUGAAAGCCUGGACCUGUCUGCGACACCUUAAUCACACACAUCUGACUUCUGUUUUGAGUAUACCAAAAUUCAGGCUGGAUUUUGCCUGUCAGAUUAUGUGCCUCACUUUCCUCUCACAUUAGUUUGGUCUCUUACCCAGGUCCCAGUGUGUAUGUGUAGCCAUGUGUAUGCGUGCUGACUUUUUUUUUUUUUGGUUUUUGUCUUGUUUUUCUGUGUGUGUAGGUGUAAUUGCUUACUUCUGUACUUUGUGUAUAUGAAUGUACACGUGAGUGCUUACAUCUCUGUGUGUGAAAGAGAAAAGAGGAGGAAGAUUAAGGGGGGGGUAUUGUAUGAUUAGCUGGACGUGAAGACUUCUCAUCGCCCUGGAAGCAUCCAUUUUUGAUGCUUGAGGAGGCGUUUUAAAAUCAGACAUGGUACUGUGACCAUUUUGCCACGUUUUUCUUACUUUUAUCUGGUAUUGAAAUGAAAAGUAUGAGAGUCUGAAUGUGCGAGUCACAGAGGUUGUGGGACCCUAAAACACGGCCGUCCAAGAUAACGACUGACACCUCCUGCCCUCUGCUUGAAUGUAUGAAGAGUUCCACGUGCUGUGAGCACCUCGCACCGUCUCCAGUCAUUCCACUCUCCCAUGAUCUCCUCAUGCUAUCACAGACAGCUGUAAGGGACAGUCAGUGACCGGCUUCACUCUGCUCUGCUGCCCUGCGUCACCUCUCCGAGCGACCGAGGCACUGUCGUGGGGGGGCGAAAACUCAUCAGAGCUCCACGCCACUUUCUCCUUUUCUAACUGGACUGUAUCGAACAGACUGGACGCUAUCAGUGGAAAAAACGGUCCGACAGAAUGAUAAGGCGGCUCUGGUCAACAGACACACACACACACACACUCAAAUAUACACACCUACAUACAAUUAUACAUAUGUACACAUACAUUGUAUUUGAAUCUUGCUCAAUAAGCUUAUGUAAAUACAAAUGUAUCACUUUCCAAAUAUUACAGCAUAAAUGUUGAUAGCUAUUUUAAAUAAAAAAAAUGUUGAGAACCAUCAUAUGAUACAGAAACAGUGUUAUAAAGCCUACUGUGAAUAAUAAGUGGAGAGCCUGAUAGCGUUGGCUGUGUGUGUAUAUGUAUGUGUGUGUGUGUGUGUGCGUGUGUGUGUGUUUGGAAGGGAUUGUAUGUGGUGGGAAGUGUGGUGAGGGGUGUGUAUGGACAGGCCAGAGGGGGGAGAAUGUUUAUAAAGCUGUAGAUUACUGUGUCAUGUCUGUCUGAAAGCUCAGACACGCUUUAAAUGUUUGACAAAUGUUACCUUAAGUGUUUUCUAUACAGUGUUUGCAAAGAUCAAGAAACAAUUGCAUAUAAAGUAUUUACCAAGA